AUGGGAUGCGUUAGCCACAUCCGUGCCAGCCUUUCCCGGUUCAACACCAACACGCUGCGCAGGAGAGAGAGGCUGCGACAGACGUAGCAGAAUCCACCUCUCAUCCCCAAGUGAACUUUGGAGCCAUCGUCAAUUGGCAUCCGCCACGACACGCGCCCAAUACGAACCCAGGCCCGAUCGCGCGUCUUCCUUUCGACGUCUCGGCAGUCGCAUCGCUGCGGCGAUUCGGGACCCUGCACAUAUCUUCAUCAUGGCCGCGCCGCCAUCCACGUCCACGCCUACCGCGGCUGGCGCGACAGCCUCGUCCUCGGCAUCAACCUCUGCGUCCGCCGCCAACGAUCACGAUGGCACUCCUCGCUCCGCCGCCGCCAAGGCCCUCCCAGUACGAGACAAGGAUUCGUUCAACAAAUUGCAGGUCGAGCGCUACGUGACGCGCGACUGGCACUACUCUGUCGCGAUGAAGGACGCCCAGGAACGGUUCGAGAAGGACAUGCAACAGACGAGAGACAAGAUUGAUGACUACAACCUCAUCAAAACACAACGCUUGUACUUCCCUCCGAGCAAAUUAUAUGGCGAAGGAUACCGUGGCUACGGCAACGGCUACACCGACAUCGAUCCCCGCAUGCGAGCGCCCUUUCCUGCCCAAGUCAUCUAUCCGAGCCAGAAGCCGCGGCCGGGGAAGCGCCAGUCGCAUCCGCUCAGGUGGAAAAAGAGAGAGCUGAAGAAGCAGGCGGAGCAACACGAGGAGCUCGUGCCGAUACGCAUAGACGUUGACUGGGAAAAGAUAAAGCUUCGCGACACCUUCACAUGGAACCUCCACGACAGGGUCAUUCCAGGCGAACUCUUUGCGCAGCACCUUGUCGAGGAUCUGGGCAUCCCUCUGGACGCACAGCACAAACCCGUCUUGGACCAGGUCACGUUACAAAUGCGCGACCAGCUCAACGACUUUUACCCCCUAGUCUUCUCCGAAGAAGACGCGCUCGACCCGGAGCUGCCAUAUUCUGCUUACAAGAACGACGAGAUGAGGAUAUUGAUCAAGCUCAAUGUCACCAUUGGCGGCGUGACCUUGGUCGACCAGUUCGAGUGGGAUAUCAACAAUCCACUCAACUCCCCAGAGGAGUUUGCCGCCUCAAUGACUCGCGACAUGUCACUGUCCGGCGAGUUCACCACCGCAAUUGCCCACUGCAUUCGGGAGCAGUGCCAACUCUUCACUCGGAGUCUGUACAGUGUUGGACAUCCCUUUGACGGCAGACCGGUCGAAGACCCCGAUCUCAUUGCCGCCUUCCUGCCGUCUCCGCUGCCAUCUGUAUUCAGACCGCAGCAACAAGCCAAGGAAUACGCGCCGUAUCUUUACGAGCUCAGUGACGCCGAUUUGGAGCGCAAUGAGGUCAUCUUCUCUCGGGAACAAAGACGGCAGAAGCGAUCCAUCAACCGACGCGGUGGCCCUCAACUGCCGGACCUCAAGGAACGGCAGCGGACAAUUAGGACGCUCCUCGUCUCGUCCGUGCUUCCAGGUGCCGCGCCUAAUAUGGAAGAGAGCACGUUGUACAAGCGUGUGGCCGGCGCGCCACCCACCACCCGCAAGAGGCCAGGAGCACGCGAUGGCGAGGUUUCCGAUUCUGACGAUAGUGAAGACUCAGGACCGGACUCGCCAGGCGUGUCUCAGCUUGGCGGCACGGCCAGGACGAGAGGCCUUCGGGGCGCCGCGAGUGCUGCUCAGCAACGCAUCACGAAUCUCGGCCGCUCCGAAACGCCUGAAGCGAGCAUCGUUCAUCAUCACGAGACUCGCAGAAACCUUGGCCGCUCCCUUCGCGAUACUCGCGACGAGACUGAAGAGCCUACACAACUUAUUGUUACACUGAAGGUUGGCAAGGACAAGCUGAGGAGACUUCUCCAGAACCCAAGAGCAAGGUUCACCCCCAGUGGCUCCCAGACACCGUCGACACCCGCACACACUCGCAUACCUAGCGCGGCCGCGGCUGCAGCAACCUCCAUGCCUCCGCCGUCUACGCCGGCCUCAAAUGGUCAGGCUCUUCCCGCUCAACUUGGCACUCCUCUUCCGCAAGGCCAAAUUGGUCGACAACCUGCUCCGCCACCUGUUGCCGGUCAACCGCCACCACCUGCUCCCCCGCCGCCAGAAUGGCUAAAGAACUGUUUGCAGCAGCUGAAGCAAACAUAUACCUUUGACAACUUUGAGGGCAUGAUGAAGUACUCAGCCAUCAACCCUGACACAGAGAUGCCGAUAUCAGUACCAGCAGGGUCACAGCCUCCCGAAGGUGCCAGAUGGAUGUUCCUCCCCCGUAUCCGCUGUCUUGACUGCCCAGGCAAGUUGUACACACCUGGGCCGGAAAUGACGGCAGGCAACUUUGAGGUUCACUUGCGCAAUAAGCAACAUCGUCAAAAGGUGGAUGCUAGGGAAGGCAGAGACACGGCACCUGGAACGACUUAAGACGAUUACAUUCGGGCGCGAGCCCUGAGUGAUAUCUAUGCCAAGCAAUUUCAAGGCUCGAGCCUAGCUUUCUAGAAGGUGCAGCCAUGUUCACCUAGGGCCAUUGGCAUCAGCACCGAAUCGACGAUUUGGGGAUGACCCCGUCACGGUAUUGCGUCCGGAGAGCAGGUCUAAAUACUAGUUAUUAUUCCCAGCACCUGUGGGGGGGCCUUCCAGAAAUAAAGGCAACCUUGAGCUAAGGACGAUGGCGUUGCCAAAUCAGCACACUCGGCACUGUACAAGAGAUCAAUCCAUUCCAUUUCGUCUAUGGGUUGUAGAAGAAAAAAAGGAAAGGACAUCAUCAUCACUAGCGGUGGAAUGGAUAGAUGGGAACCAGGGGAGGUCAGAACGCGUUUCUUGCCGAUUUUACAGAUUUAGGAGUUCAGACUCUGCUCGUGAGGCAGGGUAGGAAUGGCCGGAGUUCCGAUUGGAAGUGUUUUAUUAGGAUACGACUUGAAAGAGAAAGAAGAAGAUAAGCUUCAGAAGCAAGGCUUUUGUGGAAAGUGUGAAGGGGUUGAGAGAGGUCAGCAACGGUGACCUUUGUACACAACCUUACUGGACAAGGGCUUCUGAGUCUGCUGGUAGAAAGAGUAAUACCACA